AUGGUGCCAUUAGACUAUCACGAUCAAAACGUUCUGCAAUUCGACAACUCUCAGCAACAAGAUACAAACAAUUCACCAAUACAUCAGUACACAGGUGACAAAGUAAACCAACCCAACAACCAACUCAUGAGCAAAGAACAGUCUCAAAGUACAGUCACAGUGAACUCAUCAAGCUUUCACAACAAGGCCCAGAGCUGCUCCACAUUGUCUACUCCGAAAUCUAAAGUUAUCCAAGGCUCCUAUAACAGGGCCAUGAAAUCAUCAUCUUUAAAUUCCAAAUACCCAGCAACAUAUUCAAAAGACCUCCAGUUGAAAACUUCAGUGCAUCCCUCUUGGGAAUCCUUGGACAUAUCUUUGUCUCACGAUAAACCUCAGACAACAUCUUCGUCUAAAUUUGCCAAUACUUCAUCAUUGGAACCUAGCCAAAUAGCUUCAACAUCAAGACUACCCCUCCCAAAGCCUCAGACAUCAUCAAAUAUUGAUGUUUGGUGGAAAUCACCUUUAUUGGGGUUUACUCAAAAACUCUCAACGUCAACUUCAUCUUCCCUCCCACAUCAAGAAACACCUGUAAAUAUGAUCUGGACUUUACCUUCUUUGGAAAAUAGCCCAAGUGAACCUAAAUCAACAUUAUGUAACUCUAAAUCACAAAAGGAAUCCUCAUUAGACAACCUUUGGUCAUCUUUAUUAGAAUCCAAUAAAAAAGCUUUGAGCUCACCACCACUCAACAACAAACCUCAGAGAAAUGACUUUCUUCCAACCUCAUCCCCUCUUGAAUUCAAUCGAAUGGGUCAGAAUUCACCACUAUCUGACUGUAAACCUCUGAAAGUUCCAGUAUCAAACUCUAAUAACAAUUUUCUGAGUUUACCAUUGUCCCAAGCAAAAUCGAGGAAAUCACCUUUAUUGUCAAAUUCUGUUCUUCCAUCUCAGAGUUUUCCAACAUGCCAGCCCAAACCAAAAACAGUGGUUAGAUGUGGUCAUAGCUCCCGGGUGGUAAGCUCAUCUGUUUGUCACUCUAAGGCCCAGAAUAGUACAUCAGUCAACGACAAACACAGAGCUCAUCGUCUACCAUCCGCUCAUCCGAAACCAACUGUCUCGGGGAAAAAGGCGUCAAGUCCCAAGCCGUAUGUCAAGAAUAAAAGUGCUUCAGUCCUGAGCUCCAAGCCCCAGAGUAAAGAUAGCCCUGAAGAAAGUGUCAAGCCAGAACCAGAGAAUGAAAGCCCAUGGUCCUUAUAUUACAGUCAUCCUUGCAUUAUUAAAGGUGGUACUGUCCCUGUUGAUGUUGUAAAUAAAAUUAUCAACUCUAUCUCCAAGUCUACAAUCCAGAAGGAUCUCUCUAGGCAAAUUCUCUUUCGAAGAAUGAGGGGUAGGCCAAAUCCUCGUCCUGGUCCCCGCCUCUCAUCAACAUAUACUGUUUGUUUAGAGUGCGCUUCCUACAUAAAAUCUCAGUGUAGCCAUCUUACAGGAAAGAAAGACCCUCGCUGUGCAACACUCUUUGUUAUACCAACACCCGAGAACAGCUCUGAUGGGAAAGUAGACCUGAAAUUAGUUCUUAUCCUUUCUCUACCAGAGACUUCUUCCUCAUCCUGCUUGCAACUUUCUAUGAAAGACAGUCAAGCUGACAAUCAUCUAGAAGCCCUCGAUAAUAAUCUUGAAGACUUAGAGACGAUAACACAGUUUUUUUCCGCAUCUGAAUCUGAUUUUAUCCAGGAGCUCAAUUCAAAGGGAAAGUGGUUGGCUGCAUCCUCUGAGAACAAAGACUUAAGCCCAAAGCCCCAGGCUGUUGACUGGCUGCUUUAUGUUAAAAACAGUAAUAACACUCAGCCCCAAGGCCAGGUUCCAGCCCCAUCUUGUUCUUCAUCUUCAUCAUCUUCUUCUUCUUCCUGUUCCAUUUCCUCCUCUUCUUCCUCUUCUACUGGCUUAUCCACUACAGGAUCUCCUUAUAAAGGCCCCACUCCAACUCCUCUCUCAGGUUACACCCUUUCAAAGGUACGAAGUUACCACCGAUUGCCUCCAGGGGUCUCCUGGCUUGAGUUUAUAAGGGGUUCAAGUUCAGAAGCCACCAAAACAAGACAAUCAGCAUCUCCCAAAACCAAGCACGUGAGGACUCGCAACACGAAAUCCAUGAAAAAGGGGAGAAAGGGACCGAACACACUGCUCAGAUAUUUCCAAACAAAGUUCCAAAAUGAAAAAUCCUGA